UAAAUAUUUAAAUUUAAUAUGGAUUAAUAAACAGAAUAAGAUAAGCUUGAAUCAAUAGCUACUCCAGGAGUAUUAGAUAAAUAUCAAAAUGCAGGCAAGAUUGUAAAUGUUGUUCUUGAAAAAGUGAUUGCCAAAAUAUAGCCAGAUGCUGACAUAGCUUCCAUUUGUGCUUUUGGAGAUCAGGAGAUUAAUGGAGAACUACAAAAAGUUUACAAUAAGAAAAAUAUAGAAAAAGGCUUGGCAUUUCCAACAACUAUUUCUGUCAAUCAAAUAUGCGGACAUUAUUCUCCAUUGAAGUCUGAAAACAGUAAUUUAGCAAAGGGAGACGUGGCUAAGAUUUAAUUGGGUGUUCAUAUUGAUGGAUAUAUUGCAAUUGCUGCACACACAGUUGUAGUAGGAGAAGCUUAAGUAGAAGGCUAAAAGGCUGAUGUGAUAUUGGCUGCUUACUAAUCAGUUUAAGCUCUUUUCAGAUCAAUCAAACCAGGUACUACAAAUACAGCUUUAACAAAACUUAUUUAAUAAAUUGCAGAUGACCACAAAUGCACUCCUUUGGAAGGUGUUUUGAGUCACGAAGUCAAGAGACAUUUUAUUGAUGGAAACAAAGUCAUCAUCAAUAGAGAAACCCAAGAAUAAAGAGUCGAUGAAGAAGAAAUUCAAGUCAAUGAUGUUUUUGUUUUGGAUGUGUACAUUACAACUGGUGAUGGAAAGACCAAAGAAUCUGAUUUGAGAACUACAGUCUACAAAAGAGCAUUGGAUAGAUAAUACUAAUUAAAAACUAAACAUGGCAGAGCCUUCAUGUAAGAGGUCUAUGAAAAAUAUCCAUCUUUGUGUUUCUCAUUGAGAGCUUUCGAAGAUGAAAUCACAGCUAAAUUAGCAGUUCAAGAAUGUGCAAAACACGAAUUAUUGAAUCCAUAUCCUAUUUUGAUUAGUCCAAAUAGCAUUGUAGCAUAAUUCACAAUUACUGUUGCAGUUCUAGCCAAUAGCACAAUUUAAAUUUCAGGUUUGAAGUUGGACGAGACUAAAUUCAAGUCUGCUCAUGAUCUUAAUGAUCCUGCCCUCAAAGAAUUAUUGAAAUUGCCAAUGGACAAAGAUUCAUAAAAAAAAAGACAAUAAGAGCAAAAACAAAAAGCUUGAUGAUAUAUAUCAUAGUAGUAAUAUAGGUAUAUUAAUAAUUAUAAAUGCAAAUAUUAAU